ACUGCUGGGCAAUAAUUUUGAAUGCUGACUAGCAGUUCGUUAGUUUGAUUGAACGAUCGAAAUGUUAAUGCUCGUAUAGCUUGGAAAUCUUGCUUGGAGGUCUCAACGAUGUUUUUAGAACAGAUGGUUGAUUUUUUAUUUUGGUGCGUGCUAUGGUUGUUGGCAGAGGUGCGCUGCUCAUAUCAAGAAGUUUAGGAAGAAGAUAACUUUGAAUAUGAACAAUUUCUUGUAGGAUACGAGGAGAACCUCGAAGCGGAAUUGCAUGACCCACGCGAUUUCGACGCCAUUGAAAACGAUAUUUCUGUUGAUGAGCAUUUCACUUGGUUUUUGCCACACAAAACUCUUCGAGGUCCGUUAUUGCCGUCGAUUAUUCUAGGUCUUCAAACAGUUGCUUCAAUAAUGUUAUCUGCGAUUUUUAUAAGCAUUUUCGCUGGUAUUUUUGCCUAUCUGGACAUUGAAACAACUGAUAAAUGUAUCGGCAUCGUGUACUACUCAAACACCUCUGUUCCAGUUGAAGUUAUGAAGUGGCAAUUAAUUGGCGAAUCAUUUCCAGUAAUGCUACUCAAUUUUUGGUUCCCGGCAACAAUCGCCUUAUUAUUCGGCGGCACAGUAUUCCUCAGAAGGCAUAAACCUUUACUGUACAUUGGUUUAAUUAUGGGACUUUUGGUUGUGAUAUACAAGGCAUACUUAUUUAUCUUCUCUGCCGGUCCUAAUUUUAUCGAUUCGUACAAGAGAUAUCCUGUGAAUUUAAUAUUCUUACUUGGUUUGGUGUUAAGUUGUCUCCAAAUUUCGCACGCAACGAAACAGUCGAGAAAAAGCAUAAUCGUCAGGAUUGGGCUGACGUUUGUUUUCUCCUUGGCUAUGGCAAUGUCGUAUCGCUAUAUAUUUGUUCCUUUUUUCAAUGAACAAACAAGUGAAGUUUACAAAGCUUUGAUUGCGGCUAUUAUUCCUCUCUUUUCCCUGUUUCCAGUUGCUAUUACGAAGUACGUCGUGUUGUGUCACUCUACUGGCAUUGCGAGUCCCGAAUCGUCGUAUAUUCUGGUUUACUUCAACUAUUUAGCUCCUGUCGCCUUGUACCGGAUGAUGCAAGCCGAGCUAACAGAGUUGAAAUAUUUUAUUGCGUUUUCUUUAUUGCACGGAAUAUUUUAUAUCCUUGCUCAGGUGACUCGUCAUUUUCGUGAAAACGUAUGGGGCCGUGCAGUAAGACAACUUGAGAGACAUCAAUGGAGACCAGUGCCUUAUCGCUCACCACGUAACAGAAGAUUACAAGCAGACCUUGAAAUACAAGAAAUGUUGUCUCAAUUUGGAACCCUCAUUUUGAGUCAAGUUUAUAUGGUGCUUUAUCGGUUCAGCACUUUUGAUGUUGCCUUAGACGAUGAAAUCAGGCGAAUUUCUUCUCGUAUUGCUAUUAGUUUAGCGAUCGAAUUUGUAUUCGCCUGGCUUUCAACUUUGAUUCAGAUUUGGUUAUAUAAUAUUGCCAUCAAAACCGUCUGGUUCGGAUACUGGCGACGACAUUUACUUGCAAAUGUUUUAAUCGCCGUGGCGGUGGUCUCGUAUUUUUCGCCCGUUUUACUAAGCGUAUUUAUGUCUCGUGUUGAAGGCUCAAACAAUGAAGGAAAUUCCUUACGAAACUGCACAAUAUCAUUUACAUAUCAUAAGUAA